AUGUCCGACGAAAAUACGAAGAAGAAAAAGUUGGGGAAAUCAUUCACAAGAUUUUUAUAUUGCGUUCAGCAAACUGAAGUCAAUCCAGAAUGCUUUCAAGAUGCUCUCUCCGUUCAUGCACAGAAGUGAACAAGAAUUCCCAUUGCAUGGCCAACUAUGAUUUCAGAGAAAGGCUCUGAUUGUGAAUCUUCGACGUCGGAGAAGCGACGUAGCAAGAGCAAGUCGGCGGAGAACAUGAUGAAGGAAAGUGAAAUUCAAAUUUCAAAGUGUAUCGUCACGUCUACUAAAGUCGUCAAGGUUCGGUCAAAACAACUUCCUGGGAAGAGAUAACUGCAGGAAAAAGUGGCACCAGCGCCACCGCCAGAAAAGCCGAAGGCGCCGUCAGUCAAGAUCAAAGAAACCAAAGCGCCGAAGCCGACGACGGUCAAAAACACAGAGAAAGGCGCCGAGAUCACUUUGUCGAUGAAGAAAAGACAGAUUCGCGAAGGAGAAAGGUCAUCCCCACCCCGAAUUGUUGUCUUAACCUUCUGUCUGACUGUCCGCAUGUUGACUUUGCAACUGCAGAAAGCUUAAAGAACUUCAGCGGCAAUCCGGACAAGAUGAACACAAACUCAACGAAGCCAAGGCGCUCAUCGAAGCCGUCGCGGUAAAAUUCAGAACUUUGGGUAUUAUUUUAGACUCACUAGGGAACGUUUUUUACCCUGCGGUUGAAAUUUGAUGAAACUUCGCUGAAGGACCUCCUGAUUGCAGAAAAAGAGAAAAUUGAGAUUUUGGAAGAGGUUUUUUUUUCGAGUUAUGAAGUUUCGAAGUCCGCAAAAAACGCAAAUUAUGACAAAAUGCGCUAUUUCAAGCUUUUGAAGGGUCCUAACUUUAAAACGAGAUCUAUUGCGAAAUUUUUUUUAGUAUUUUGGAAUAAGAAGGUCUUAAAGUACACUUCAACGAAGUUUCAUCAAAAGAUCCAAAAAAAAACGUUCCCUAGUCAGGAACUUCGAACCGUCCUUUUGAAAGGUUUUGAAAACAUUAAAAAAGCUUAAAAUUUAGUAUGGAACUUUAAAAAAGUAAAAAAAAAGCUGAUCGAAAAGUCCUUCCUUGCAGGCUAUAUCUGCUCAAUUCACAGACGCAAGGAACAACAUAAAAAGUUCCCUACGUCGCAACGACACUGACUACGUACACCUACAAGAGCUUCAAUAUUCUGUUUUUUUGUUAUGAGUAAGAAAAAAAUAUUUUUUUGAUUUCAGCAACCCAACGACCUCCACUCCAUGAUGCAGGCGCGUAAAGAAGAGCAAGCGCGUAUGGAAAACGAAAUAAACGCCCUAUUAAAGGUCUCGAAGUUCUUCUAGCCACUUUCAAAAAAUGUAUUAUACUUUGAAGGAUCACGAGAGAAUCGAAGAAUUGGCGAAACAGAAGAGUAUUAUCACUCGAGUGUCUCAUUUUUUCGCCCAACACGUGUAUCGUCAAAAGCUGCAAUAA